AUGUGUGUUGAUGAGGUUGCACUGAUGGGCACUGAUAGGCAGCACUGAUGAUACUGCACUGAUAUGCAGCAAUGAUUUGUGAUGCAACCAGGGGCGGACUGACAACUCAUGGGGCCCCCGGGCAAUAGGGGAUCAUGAGGCCCCUGUGUCCUUGCCCAAACUCAAAAAAGCCUAUGAAAAAGGUACCAGGGGCAUCUCAUGGGGCCCCCCUACUUACCCCGGGCCCUCAGACAGUGCCCGAGUUUCCAAAUGGUCAGUCCGCCCCU